AUGGCACGCGCGAGGAUUAGCAAGCCCAAAGUUCGUUCUGGGUGUUUCACAUGCAAAUCGCGCCGGGUCAAAUGUGACGAGGCCAAGCCAGUAUGCCUCCGGUGCAUUCGAGCCGGCCGUGAGUGCGCAGGUUAUCCUGAUUCACUCUCAUAUCGACUUCAGGUGGCACCCGCAAACGAUUCCAUAAGCACGUAUAACAUACCAUUCAAGGUUCCAGGAAGCCAGGCCGAUCGUCAACUGCUUCACUACUAUUGCUCUCAAGUCGCGUUGAGUCUGGCCAGCUAUUCUGAUCCAUCUCUUUGGACAGAGCUGAUUCUCCAACGAUGCCAUCACCAGCCUGUUGUUCGAAAUGCAUUGGUGGCGCUGAGCUCUCUUCACAAGGAUUUUCAAUGCGAAGCACCUCCUGUGGUCGAUGAACUCAAGCGAGCUCACCGCCUGGUGGCUUCGCCGGCGAGCUUGACCAUGAUUGCAAAGUCACAUCGACAACUGGCUCGGUACCUCUCUCGUCCGGACGCCAGUGCCGAUGUCGCACUGAUAUGCAGCGUGAUAUAUUUCAUUUGCGAGGCCUUGCUAGGAGACUCUCAGCAAGCUAUAUGGCAUCUCGAUCGAGGGUUGGUCCUCCUCAAGCGGAGCCAGCUGAGCGGGAACUUUGAUGCCACUUCUUCAGACGAUCCUCUGGUGCCCCGACUGACCUCUCUCUUUGAACAACUUGACUGUCAGGCAUGUACAUUUGAUGACCAGCGUGCUCCAAUUCUUGUCCUCUCGCCACCACCUGAAUUGAAUGACAGGGCCUCGAUUGUGCCGGAACAGAUACUCGACCUUGGCCAUGCCGAGCUCAUCUUGAUCAAGCUACAGAAUAGGGUCUUUCAUCAUUUAGUGUCAAGUGUGAUUUUCAAAGGCAAACCUCUGAAGGACUUGCCACAAAGCCUCAUUCAAGAGCGAUUGCUCUUAGUUGCUGACCUCCAGCAUUAUGGGGAUCUGUUGGAUGUUUUCGCGGAGUGGGUUGGUUACUCCACCGAAAGCCCACCGUCGCAUUCGGGCGGAUUUGAUGAGAGAUCGCGACAACAGUGGAAACGGUAUCUUCUGCUUCGCAUCAACUACCAUACUUUCUACCAUCUGAUAAAGGACUGUUCCAUGGACUUUUCUCUAAACACAGGAGUUCCUUCAGCCCCGACAUCAGAAAUGAUUGCCAAUAUCAAAUCGGAUCUCGAGAUGGACUUGAAAAUUGCCUCCGAUGCGGUCUCGUGGAUACUACCUAGGACAACAACUCCACAAAGGACAUACACACUUUCAUCGCACCUCAUUGCAGUCAUCUACUUUGUGGGUGCUAAGACUACAUCGGCUACCACACGACACAAGGCUUUUGAGCUCCUCGCACAUCCUUCACUCUCUCAUUCACGUGAUGGGUUAUGGGAUGCACAGACAGCCUCGUUCUUCCUCACCAAGAUGACACGCAAGAUUCGGCGAGGCCCCACGCUGAUCUCUCUGACGACAUCAGGGAUGCAGUCCAAGUAUGAUGAGAGCUCUGUCCAGCAUCCGGAUCAACUGCCGAUUGCCAAUUGUAAGGGUUGGUCGAUCAAUUUGGCGUUGUCCAUCAGACGAUCUCGAAGAUGUCCAAGACCGGACUAA